AGGGUAAACAAGACCCGGGGCGGCGGCGGCGGCGGCUCCUCUCCCCGACUGCGGCGGCGGGAAAACGGCGGGAAGAGGGCGGGAAGGGAAGGGAGCGGUGCGGUGCGGUCCAGUCCAGUCGCCGGGUGGUGAGCGAGCGGGAGGCCGGCGGUCGGUAGGCCCUCCCCCCGAGCCGCGGGGUUGGGUUGCAGCCAUGGAGCCGGAGCGCAGUCUGUUCUCGCUGCGGGUCAGCGUCCACUCGGACCAGGGCGGCAGGAAGUACAUGGAGGACGUGACCCAAGUGGUGCUGGAGCCCGAGGCCGAGGGCGAAGGAGAAGCCGCCGCCGCCGCCGCCGCCACCGGCACCGGCGGGGCCUGGGAGCGCGGGCCGCCCGAGCCUCGGGCCGGGGUGGCCUUCUUCGCCGUGUUUGACGGCCACGGGGGCCGGGAGGCGGCCGUGUUCGCCCGCGACAACCUGUGGAAAUGCAUCAAGAAGCAGCGCGGCUUCCUGUCCGAGGACCCGCAGGAAUUCAGCGGCGCCAUCCGCAAAGGCUUCAUCGCCUGUCACUACGCCAUGUGGAAAGAGCUUCCCGAGUGGCCGAAGACACUGACGGGGCUGCCCAGCACGUCGGGCACUACCGCCAGCGUGGUCAUCAUCUGCCGGGACAAGAUGUACGUGGCCCACGUGGGGGACUCUGGCGUGGUGAUCGGUGUGCAGGACGACCCCGCUGGCGUCCAGGCCGUGGAGGUGACCCAGGAUCACAAGCCCGAGCUGCCGAAGGAAAAGGAACGGAUCGAGGGGCUCGGGGGGAGUGUCAUUAACAAGUCGGGAGUGAACCGUGUGGUGUGGAAGAGACCGCGACUCACCCACAACGGCCCGGUCCGCAGAAGCACCGUCAUCGACCAGAUCCCUUUCCUGGCAGUGGCCAGAGCUCUGGGUGACCUGUGGAGUUACGACUUCUACAGCGGAGAGUUUGUGGUCUCGCCGGUCCCUGACACCAGCGUCCACACCAUCAACUACCGUCACCAGAAGUACAUCAUCCUAGGCAGCGACGGCCUGUGGAACAUGAUCCCGGCUCAGGACGCAGUUACCAUGUGCCGGGAUAGCGAGGACAGGAAACGGUUAAUGGAGGAGCCAGGCCCCACGGCCGCUAAGCUGCUGGUGUUCCGCGCGCUGGGCCGUUGGCGGCAGAGGAUGCUGCGCGCGGACAACACCAGCGCCAUCGUGAUCUGCAUCGAGCCGCCCGCGGGGACGAGUGACCGUCCCUGCGGGGAGGAGCUGCACCUGGAGCUGACGGACGGCCCCCUUCACAACAUCAAGGAGUCCUGCCUCCCCUCGCUCUCGCCGGACGCCACCCCUCCGCUGAAGAUGCCGGAGGACGCGUCGCUGCGCUGGUUCUGCUCCGACUUUGUCCCUUCCCUCUCGCGGAAGGACGUCUUCUCCGAGAGGAGCGCGGGGAGGCCCGGGUCUGAGGCUCCGGCCACAGCCACCGAGCUGAAGGAGCUGGAGGAGACGACGGAGAACUGCGAGCGAGCGCUGGCGGCCCGGAUGAGCGACCUGACCACGAGCCUGUCCCUGGGGGGCUCAGGGAGGAGGGGCUUGUUGAGGCUGUGCUGCGUCCGCCAGUUGAGAUCCGACUUCCAGCCGGCCGGAGAGAGGAGCCAGCCGGGCGCCUUUAAGAGGACGUUGGAGGAACUGAAUAGGAGCAACCCGGGCUCGUCCACCAAGAGACUGAAACGCAGCCCCGGGCGCUCGGGGGCAGCGCCCGCCAGCCCCACCGUGGCUUCCAGGCGGAGGAACUCCAACCAGCAAGUGCCUCGCCGCAGCCUGCGGGGGCAGAAGAGGCUGGGCAACAACGCCUUGCUGAACCAGCACCGCAAAACCAUCUGCGUUUGCUGAAGGGACUUUUUUUUCCCGACUUUCCUUCCUCUCCGCUCAUAAUUAUUAUUAUUAUUAAUAUUUUCAGGAUUGUGUAAAAACUUCACCAUCAGCGCUGUGCGGGAUUUUAUUGAUGUCUUAAGGGUUCUCUUUUUGUAAAAUAGGCGACAUCUUUUGCACCGUCUUGCCCGUCUGUUUUUAAGUUGUGUGGCCUCGAGGGAAGUGUAGAGUACUUUUAUGUCCGUUUUAGGUAGCGUCGCUCUCAAAUCAACCAUCCCCCCCACUCCCCCCGAAUCUCUCCCAUUCUGGGUCAGAAUGGAGAGAGGGCUGAGGGCCUGAUUUUGGUGGCUGGGGGGAGGUGGGGGGGGGGGGGAAGAAUCAUUCCUGAGAGAUUUGACGCUGGGCGACGAGGCAUUUCAAGCAGUUUUUGUUUUUAAAUCCCUGCAGAUUCUGCUGCAACUCUGUACAGUUCUCUGUCUGGUUGUGGGGACGUUUGGCCAGUUAGUAACCGACUCCCCGCCACGUCCCCAAUGUGUGUCCAGUGACCUUGUUGUAUCCGUUGGGUGUAAAAUUUAUAGCUUUGACGCAGCGUAACUUUGUGGUCAGUUAUCUGAACGAGUGAGUCUUGGAGAGACGGCUUUUAGCCCCAGGUGUCUGUCACUGCGAGUGGAUUUGUCUUGUCAGCGUAUUGUGGGAUGUUACCCCUCUCCCUUCCUGCUUGGACAGGGAGAGCUGUUAUACAGGUUGUCCCUGGCCACAGCUGGAGCUGCUGGAUUGAGCCGAUGCUGAGUUUGAUUGAAUAUCUUCCCCCUCGGGUUUCGGAGGCAGGACAGUGGCAUUGGCUCCCUGUGGGGCUGCGCAUGGUGGGGUAAGGACUUUAAACCUGACGUCCAGGUUCCCCUCACCCCUACCCAGCACCUGCUGUUCCACAAAGCGCAUCGAUCCAUUGAGCCACCAGAGGCACUGAGAUUCAAACCCUCCCAAAAACAAUCAGUGAGCAUUUAAGCACGUGAGAUUUUUAUAUCCCAACAUUUUAUACCCUACACUGCUACUGUUUAACCAGGAAUUCAAAGCAUAUCAAUGUCUCUGAAUUGAUGGGAGCGCAGAGCGAGAGCUCAGAAACACAUUUCUCUGCCCGCCCCUGUCUGUCCGUGUCUUGAAUUGCUCGUGACAGAAGAGUUGAAUAGCCACUGCCCGGUCUCAAAACCAGAUGAGAAUUGCCGUCCUUUGCUUCUCGCUCGCCAAUCUGACACCUUGAGGGUGGGGCAGCAAAUCACAGUUGGAAAGGCUACAGAAGUAUUUGAUAUCCGUUGGUUAGUCCCGUGCUGCGACCCUGUCCCCCUCUGGUUGGUUGCCUGGGGAGUGGGGAGGCCGACGGGACAAUAAUCCGUGCCCGACGCCGGGGUGGCGCAGGGAAAUCUGAGGCGAGGGAAUCCGUGCUGCGGCCCCGCCUGAGUGCAAACUUUUCAGGUGUAACGUCUCGAACUUUGUGGCUGGAUCUGAAUCUUGUGAAGGGAUUGUACUCCUCGUCCCGGCCAACGAUGGUGCUGCUACAUCUUAAACAGGGGGGAGUUUUACUAUCUUUUGUACUAUAAUUGUAUCUCGAAAGCUCUGGUGCAAGUAUUAACCUCUUGUGUUUUACUUUAUUACCUUCCCCCUCCCCACCCCACCACCCCUCCCUACUCCAUUUACCGGAUACAAAUAAAGAAAUGGCUUGUUACUGUAAUUUGAAA